AUGUUCCCACCAACAAGCUCCAGCGACAAAGAAGAACAAGAUACUGCAGAUAUUCAAAUUGUGACAGAUAAAAUUAAAAUAGUGACUAAAAGAUUUGUGUUCAAGGAUUCUAGCAUAGCUAUACUAAAGAAGAAGUGCAUCCCCGUAAACACCAAUAACGGAUCAGAUUAUCAAGUUAAUAAGCAAGAAGAGAACAUGCAGCAGCUGCCCACACGAUUCGAAGCUUUAACAUCCUUUAUAUUGAUGUGUUUCAUGGAUGUGCAUCGAUCCAAAGUAAAACUGGUGGACGAUGCUACGAGCCCGGUCAAUGCUGAAAAUGCUGUUCCAAAGCAAGUGCAGUACAUAGCAGGAUUUGCAAUAAAUUUGAGGACUAGGACGAUUCCGCCAUUGCCAGCCAAUAGCUUCGGGAAUAUGACUGACACUGCCAUUGCAGAAGUACCGAGUAACCUAACUGGUAGUAAUAUUUAUAACUACGGGAAAGGUUUUCAUGAUCAAAGUCAAUACUAUCCGGAGUUGGUGUCCAAGAUUAAGGAUUCCAUAAAGUUGGUCGAUAAUGAGCACGUCAAAGCCAUGAAAAGAAACUUGGCAACCUCAUGCAACCAUAUGAAGAUGCAUCAGAUGUUGAAGGAAGGUACUUUUGAUCAUGAGAAUACAGAGUUACUACUGUUCAGCAGUUGGUGUAGGUUCUAG